CUCACACAUCGCCUGCCGCCACAGCCGCACUGCUCCCGGAUUCCGGAGAGAGGGAGCGAGUGGAGGCGAAGAAAAGCCAGACGCGGGAGAGGAGGCAGAAGACCACUGGCAGGGGGAAGGAAGUCAGAGAGGAGGGAAACGUAGAGAGAGGGAGAAGGACCCCUCCUCCCCGCGGAGAGACGACUUCCCAUGUAGCUAGGGAUAGAGUGAGAAGCUGGCGCUCAGGAACAGUGAGAGAAGCUCUCACAAGCAAGUUACUCAAUCCCCGGAGAGCGGCGGAAAGAGGGCACAGCAGCAAUCACUGAUCAGAACCACUAUUCCCAUACCCUCAUCAUUUAACCCCCGGGCGGUUCAAUGCACUACUCCAAGCUCUUCCUAGUUUCUUCCUCGGGCUAACUUCGGAGGACGUAUCGCCGGAGCGGCCCGGAGGAGAGGACAAGGGCCUCGGAAGAAGGAAGGAGAAGUUUUGUGGGGGUUGCGUGCGGAGGAGAAGAUGGGCUGGAAACGCCGCUGUUGCUGGGGAGGCGGAGGCGGCGGGGACCUUCUCUGCCGGCUCACCCUGGUGCUGGGGUUCCUGCUGCCCGCCUGCAGGACGCGCCUCUACACCAACCACUGGGCUGUGCGGAUAACCGGGGGGCUCCCGGAGGCCAACAGGAUAGCGAGCAAAUACGGAUACGUCAAUAUAGGACAGAUUGGAACAUUGAAGGACUACUACCACUUCUACCAUAGUAAAACAAUUAAAAGGUCAGUUCUCUCAAGUAGAGGUACCCACAGCUUCAUUUCAAUGGAACCAAAGGUGGAGUGGAUACAACAGCAGGUGGUUAAAAGAAGGAUAAAGAGGGAUUAUAAACCUGGUGGUACCCAAUCCACUUAUUUCAAUGAUCCCAAGUGGCCAAGCAUGUGGUACAUGCACUGCAGUGACAACACCCACCAUUGCCAGUCAGAUAUGAAUAUAGUAGGUGCUUGGAAGAGAGGUUACACUGGAAAGAAUGUUGUGGUCACCAUCCUGGAUGACGGCAUUGAGAGAAACCACCCAGACUUGAUGCAGAAUUAUGAUUCUCAGGCCAGUUUUGAUGUAAAUGGAAAUGAUUUUGACCCUAUGCCUCGAUAUGAUGCCAGCAACGAGAACAAGCAUGGAACCCGUUGUGCUGGAGAAGUGGCAGCCACAGCAAACAACUCACACUGCACAGUAGGAAUCGCCUUUAAUGCCAAGAUUGGAGGUGUACGGAUGCUGGAUGGAGAUGUGACAGAUAUGGUGGAAGCAAAGUCUCUAAGCCUUAAUCCCCAGCAUAUCCACAUCUACAGCGCCAGCUGGGGGCCUGAUGAUGAUGGCAAGACUGUGGAUGGACCUGCUUCUCUGGCACGUCAGGCCUUUGAGAAUGGCAUCAGAAUGGGACGAAGAGGCUUAGGUUCGGUCUUUGUUUGGGCAUCUGGAAAUGGUGGAAGAAGUCGAGACCACUGCUCCUGUGAUGGCUACACCAAUAGCAUCUACACUAUAUCCAUAAGCAGUACAGCUGAAAGCGGAAAGAAGCCGUGGUAUCUGGAAGAAUGUGCGUCCACACUAGCUACAACAUACAGCAGUGGAGAAUCCUAUGACAGGAAAAUAAUUACUACAGACCUGAGGCAGCGUUGCACAGACAGCCAUACUGGAACCUCAGCCUCUGCACCUAUGGCUGCAGGCAUCAUUGCCCUGGCACUGGAAGCAAAUCCAUUUCUGACCUGGAGAGAUGUACAGCACAUUAUUGUCAGGACUUCACGUGCAGGACAUCUGAAUGCUAACGACUGGAAAACCAAUGCAGCUGGUUAUAAGGUGAGCCACCUUUAUGGAUUUGGACUGAUGGAUGCUGAAGCAAUGGUGACAGAAGCAGAAAAGUGGACAACGGUGCCUCCACAGCAUGUGUGUGUGGAGAACACAGAUCGGCAAAUCAAAACAAUACGACCUGACAGCAUUGUCCGUUCAAUUUACAAAGCCACUGGCUGUUCAGAUAAUCCUAACCACCAUGUGAUCUACUUGGAGCAUGUUGUUGUGCGCAUCACUAUUACUCACCCUCGACGUGGCGACUUGGCAAUUUACCUAACCUCUCCUUCUGGAACUAGGUCACAGCUUUUGGCCAACAGGCUAUUUGAUCAUUCCAUGGAAGGAUUCAAAAACUGGGAGUUUAUGACUACUCAUUGCUGGAGUGAAAAAGCAGCAGGGGAUUGGAUCUUGGAAAUCUGUGACACUCCAUCUCAGCUGAGAAAUUUCAAGACUCCAGGCAAGUUGAAAGAGUGGUCCUUAGUACUGUAUGGAACAUCCAUCCAGCCUUACUCACCAAGAAAUGAUUUUUCCAAAGUGGAAAGAGUGCGCUCUAGUCCAGCUGAAGACCCUACAGAAGAUUAUACAACAGAUGACUAUUCAGGUCCCUGCAAUGCAGAAUGCAGUAAAGUAGGGUGUGAUGGGCCAGGACCAGAUCAUUGUACUGACUGUCUGCACUAUUACUACAAAUCUAAAAACAACACAAGGAUCUGUGUUUCGACCUGCCCACCUGGUCACUACAAUGCAGACAAGAAACGAUGUAAAAAAUGCUCACCCAAUUGUGAAACCUGUGUUGGAGGCCAUAAUGACCAGUGCAUGACCUGUAAAUCUGGCUACUACCUGAAUGAAGUAACCAAUAGCUGUAUUACCAACUGCCCUGAUGGGUUUUACCUGGAUAAGAAUAAGAUUAUUUGUCGAAAAUGUAGUGAAAACUGCAAGACCUGUGUUGAAUUCCAAAUCUGCACAGAAUGCAGACAUGGCCUAAGUUUGCAUGGCACCAGAUGUGCUAUCCGCUGUGAAGAGGGAAAAUACCAUAAUGGCAGAGAGUGUGAACCUUGCCACCGUUCCUGUGCAACGUGUGCAGGUGCUGGAGUAGAUGCCUGUAUAAACUGCACACAGGGUUACUUUAUGGAAGAUGGAAGAUGCGUGCAGUCCUGUAGUAGUGGUUAUUACCUUGAUCACGCCACUGAAAGUGGAUACAAAACCUGCAAAAGAUGUGAUGCCAGCUGUUUGGAUUGCAGUGGCCAAGGAGACAGAAACUGUACGAGCUGUCCAAGUGGCUAUAACCUAGACACUGGUGUCUGUGUCAUUGGAACAGUAUGCAAGGAUGCCACGGAAGAGUCCUGGGCCGAGGGAGGAUUCUGUAUGCUGGUGAAAAAGAACAAUCUCUGCCAGAGGAAAGUGCUUCAGCAAUUGUGUUGCAGAACAUGUAAACAAAAGGGGUGAACUGACACCUCCCAGCAUCCUCCUCCUCCUGUAGACUUACAGAUUAAUCCAUAUUACUGAAAAAGGA